AUGCUGCAAACGCCCCAUGUCGCCAAGCAGGACGGCCCAGCUGCGGGCAAGCUGGGCUGUGAGCAUGCUGAGCGGCAUACGGAUAAAAAGGCUUGUGCAGGCUCCGAAGCAGCCAGUGGCGAUGCGGGCGGCGAGCCCAUGGUGAUCGACCUCCUGGAUGACGGCUCGCCCGGGGAAGGGCAGCGGGAGGAGCAGCAAGACCAGCAGCAGCAGCAGCAGCAGCAGCAGCAGCAGCAGCAGCAGCAGCAGCAGGGACAGGACAUGGAUGGGCAGCAAGCAGAGAUGCCACAGGAAUCAGCCAAGCCUGCGGCCGCCCAAAAGAAGGGUGGUGACGUGGCGGCGCCUGUGGCAAUGGCAGCUGGGGCGCUGGCCGCUGCAGACGCAUUGGCGGCGCCCGAGCCCCUUGCUUCGCAGGCGGCCGUCGCCAGCACGACUAAGACUGGCAAGAGCGGCAAGGGAGCAGCAGAGGCACCGCCAGCGCUGUCUGCAGAUGAAAAAGCAGCGCUGCAGGCGCAGUGCGAGCAGGAAAUACCCCUGCUGGAGCUGGAGCUCGCUAAGCGUCUCGACCUGCGGGCGGCCGCCGAGCAGCAGGCGCCCAGCUCGAAGGGCGGCAAGGCCUUGCAGGCCGACAUCAAGAACGAGGUGGCAGUCCUGGUGGAAGGGCGCAGCGAGGGCCUCACCGCCCUGGCGGCCUGCGUAUGCGAAGCGCUCAACUCGGCGCGCGCGGCGGCGGCAGCCGACGGGGACGGCGGCGGCGGCGCGGCUGCGGCCUCGGCGGCGGUCACGCCGCUGAUGGUGCGAAACCUGGUCCAGGAGUUGGCCGUGCGCAAGUCGUACGGCCUUAAGGACGCCACGCUGGCAAACCUCGACGCCGCCGAGGACGCCGCGGCCGAGCACUGCUGGUGCUGGGAGUUGCGGGACCUCCGCCACAUACCCAAGGCCGCGCGCGCCGCGGCGGACCCCCACCGCAAGCACCGCAAGGCGCUGCAGGACCGCCUGCGCGCGGCAGCAGCGUUCGUAGAAGCCGCGUCAGUGCACGGCGCCGGCAAGGCGCUGGAGGGCAAGGUAGCGCGCGCGGCCGCGCGGCUGCGGAAGCUCCCGGGCCUGGCGGCGGCCCGGGAGCAGCUGGGCGCGGCGCUCGAGGGCGCGGCUGGGAAGGCUGCCGGCGGCGGGAAGCGGCAGAUCAAGGUGGCGGCUGCCGCGGCGGCGGUGGCGCCCGCGGUGGCGGUGGCGCAGGAGGCGGGGUCUGGUGCCGAGGCGGACGGGGGUGCUGCUGGCCCAGAGGCAAUGGAGGAGGACGCCCAAUUGACAGAGGCCGCCACGCCCGCCGCACCUUCACAGCGGCCGGCCUCGCAGCCCGCGUCCGUGCGCAAGUCGGCCGCAAAGUCGGCAGCCAAGUUGGAGAAGGAGGCGGAGCGCGCCAGGAAGGAGGCCGAGCGCGAGGCCGAGCGCGCGCGCAAGGCCGAGGAGAAGGCGCGGCGCGAGGCGGACAAAGAAGAGGAGCGGCGGCGAAAGGAGGAGGGCAGGGCGCGCAAGCAGCAGGAGAAGGCGAAGGAGGCGGAGGCCAGGGAGCUAGGGAAGCACGGGUUCAGGAGCCACAAGCAGCUGGAGGCCGCGCGCCCCGGCUCCACGGGCGCCGCCAGCCGCGGCGCCAGCGGCAGCCACGGCGCCGCCGGCGCCGGCGCCUCGGCGGCGUGCAGCGGCGACGGCGGCGGCGGAGGUGGGGACGGCGCCGCGUCGGACGGCGGCGGCGAGGGGUUUGUGACGCCUGGGCGGAAGCGCGGCAGGCGGCUGAUUGAAUCUCUGGAUGAGGACCUGGCGGCCCUGUCUGCGCGCCGCGCGCGGCGCCCCGCCGACGAGGGCGACUCCCGCCCAGCCGCCGGCGUCGCGGGGGGCGAGGGGCAGCGCGAGUCGGCGGACGUGCUGUCGGGUUGGAAGCUGCAGCGCGGCACGUUUGGGCGCGUCAAGGGCCUUCCGCCGCCGUAUGCGCGCCGGCCCGGCCUGUGCGCCGCGUCAUUCGACCUGCAGGCGGCGGUCGAGGCGGUGUAUGGGGCAGGCGCGGACGCGGCCAGCGUGCGGCUGUGGCGGCGGAAGCUGGUUCGCCACUGGGACAGCGAGCGGCCGCCGUACUAUGGCAGCUGGAGCCGGUCGUCCGGCGCCGUGACCGGCCGGCGGCCCUUGGGGCGCGACCCUGAGUUGGACUAUGCAGUAAUGAGUGAUGAGGAGUGGGAGGAGGAGCCCGACGGGGAGAGCCUCUCGGAGGACGCGGACGACGCGUCAGAGGCGGCGGAGGAGGACAGCGAGGGCGAGGGCGAGGAGGGCGGCGCGUUUGUGGUGAACGACGGGUACCUGUCAGAGGACGAGGGCUGCGGCGAGGGCGGCGCGGGCCCGACGCAGCCCGACCGCACAGCAGGGCCCGCGGCCGCCGGCGCCCCCGCGUCGCCGCGCGCGGCCGCGCUGCUGGGCGCGAUGGAGCGCGCGCGACGCGCGAACAAGCCGCUGCUGCUGUGCAGCCUGGCGUCGGUGCAGUGCCAGCCGACCGCAGGCAUUGAUCCUGGGGUUAUGGGUUGCCUGCGCGGCAGCGUCCUGAGGACCGACAUCUUGCCGCUGCAGCCGCCAGGGGACCCCUGGGACCUCGAGCAAAAGCAGAUUUCAGAUUGUAUCGCCGCCGCGGCGACGGCGGCCGCAGCGGCAGCGACGGCGGCGGCAGCGGCGGCGGCGGGCAAAGGCGGGGCCCCGGGCCCGGCUGGCACCGCGGCCGCAGGCGGCGGCGGAGCCGGCGCGGGCGGCGGCGGGGCCAGCGGCGCGGUUCGCGGGCCGAGGCCGGCAGUCUUCCCUGAGGAGCUUCUGCCCGCGCUCGUGGCGCAUGUGCACAUGAGCGGCGGCAGCAUACCCGUCGUGUCGGCGUCGUUCAUGGCGGCGCACGCGGACCGCGGGCUCAAGAAGGCCUCCGUCGAGCGCGCGGUGCGCCAGAUCACGCUACCGCGGCAGCACUGCGCGCCGUUCAUGGUCAAGCCAGAGCACCUGCCCGGCGGCGGCGCCGGCAAUAGCGGCGGCAACAGUGGCAGCGGCGGCGGCGGCGCUGGCGGGGACAGUGCGCCCGCGACGCCGGCCGCGCAGCGGAGGAAGGACGCGGAUGGCGGCGGCGGCGGUGGUGCAGCUGACGCCGAGGCCGCCGUUUCCAACCUGCCAGACGCAGCAGCGGCCGGCCCUGGCCCUGCUGCUGCUGCUGCUGCUGCUGCUGCUGCUGCUGCUGCUGCUGCUCCUACUGCUGCUGCUACUGCUGCUGCUCCUGCUGCCGACGCUGCUGCCGAUGCUGCAGCCGAUGCUGCCCGCACUGCAGCGGCUGUGCCCGCGGCGUCAACCCCCGCCGGGCCAAAGGCGAAGCGCCAGAAGACGGCGGGCAGCAUUGAGCGCUUCUUCACCAGGACGCCAGGCGGCGGGGGCGCGUCUGUAGCAAAGAGCGGCAAGGCGGCCGGCGCAGCCCCUGCAGGGCCUGCGCAUGUCGCCAGCGGGUUCGGCGAACCUGAGGCGCCCAGCAUCCAGCAGCAGCAGCCGCAGCAGCAGCAGGAGGAGGCCGCAGCUUCGGGAGGCAGCGGCGGCGGCGGUGGCGCGGCGCAAGGCAGCCCCGCUGGCAGCGGGCCGGAUUUUGAGCAGGCGCCAGCGGCGGGGGCAGCGGCACCCGCUGGCGCCGGAAUGGGGGAGCCCGGCAUUGGGCCCCUCGAGCCGUUGCAGAGGCAGCAGCAGCAGCAGCAGCAGCCCCGCCUUGACGAAUCUGACCACCCCAGCACGCCGACAGGCGCGCGGCGGCUGCCGGCCCUCGGCGGCGGCGGCGGCGGCACUGGGGCGAAGGGCAGCGCGGUGCUCCCGCUGCUGACACCGCCGUCUCAUGACUUUGAAUGCGGCGGCGAUGGCGGAGACCCGCAGGGGCGGCACGCCAAGGCGAGCAGCCCGAUCCCCUUCCGCAUCGCCGCGGCCGACGCGGAC